CUGAGUGCGUGACGUGCGUGCAGCAAUCAAGAAGCAAUCAUUUCACUUUACAGCGGAGUAUUCAACGAUUAAACACACUGGAUAGUCGCUCGACAGUUGUUCAAAUAUGAAGUUAGUUUUACUUGCUUGCUUGCUUCUUCUGUUGGUGUCAUCAGGUCAGGCGAUCCACUGCUACUCAUGCAAUCUCACAACUUCUGAGCAAUCUUGCGAGAAUGCCAAGAAAUUAACGGACUGUGAUACGGUCAAGUUGGAUGGCACUAACAAGACAGCGGAUUCGUGCUACAUCAUGAACGGAACCAAGAGUGACGGGAGUUCCGUGUAUAUUCAGCAUUGUACACUUCGUGCCGGGUGCAGUCACAUUUGUAAUUAUUUCAAUCAGACUCACCUGAGCAACACUCUGAGGUCAUGUGACACCAAGUGCUUCAACGGGACCGUCAGCACGCCCUCAGCUUCCGCCACUACACCUACCGCAACCACGAAAAGUUCCAGUACCGUGAUCUUCGUAACUUUCGUUCCUAUUUUCGCCAUGGCAAUAACUAUGCUGGUGUUCUUGUGAUGUGUGUGGGACCCUCUACUUAGUUAAACUUUCUAUUUGUAGUUCAAAGCAAGGGAACUAUUCCACGCUUUAUAUGAUAUUGAAUAAGAAGUAGGUUUUUAAACUAAUUCAAACGGAGACGCUAAUUAGCUCUCAGUAAAUUGACGUAAACGAAGUAAGCGUAAUUUUUUUAUAUAGUUCUUAACAAAAUAUAAUUUCUUAAACAUG